AUGGCGCCGACACGCGCGGACGCCAGCCGGGGUGCCCCAAGCCCGAAGAGGGGGCUGCACGCUGCCUGUGUGUCCCUGUUCUGCUGUGCAGCCUUGCAAACCAAAUGGUGCUGCGGCGCAAGUCAGUCGAAGGAGGAUGCUUUCGUUGCAGCUGCGGAGCGACCGAUGAGGGCUCCCGGCGCUUGGGCAAGCUGCCGCUUGCUGAGGCACCCUGAGCCUCGGACAGCUCGCAGAGCGCUGCCUGAAGCUGUCACCGCAGCUUCUGCCGCCGUCUUUGUUGCCGCGGCUGUUUUCGCCAGGGUUCAGGAGGAGGGUUCGGGAGGCAAAAAGCUUCUGAAAGAGGCCGGUCCGUUUCGUUUCUAUGUGGAUCGCUGUCUCAUCAACUUCGACCAAGCGUUCUGCCAGCUUGCUGCGACAGAGUCAAGCUUACCUGCAAUGAUUCCGGUGUUUACCUUCUUUGACGGCUACUUCCCGGUCCCCGAGCUGGACACCAUCCCGUCUAAGGUCCUUCUCCUGGACCGCUCGGUCACAGACACCUACGAUGACAAGCGCCGCCUUGCUGUUUGUCUCAGAGAAGCAUGCUGCGAGGCCACUUUCGCCCGUUGCUACUUGACUGACGAGGAAGUGGCUUCGGCAGCCAGCGGCGGCAAAGAGGGCCAGCUGUUUUUCGUGAAGCCCCCUUGUGAGAGCGGUGGUCGUGGCAUCCGUGUCGUAGACACUUCGCAGCUGCGCCAGGUGGCCUUGGAGGAGGGAUCCCUGGUGCAAGAGGCCGUGCAGGACUUGGAAACACUGGAUCAGCGCAAGUUCGUGUUGCGGUUUUACCUCCUGAUCCAUGGAGGACGGCUUUACCUUCACAAACGAGGUGUUGUCGUCGUGCAUGAGAAGCCAUAUGACCCUGCGAGCACUGACUACGAUGUUCAGGUCUGCCAUGACGAGAUGCACAGUGCCGGGGCUGCCGAUCGGUUGCGUCCCUGGCACCUGCAGCCCGAGGCCGAGCGCUGGCGAAGCGCCGUGCGACAAUGCCUCACAGAGGCCCUACCGGCACUUUGGCCUCUGCUGGAGGCCAGCAGCCUGGACCGUUAUGCCUUGGUGGGCGGCGAUGCCCUCAUCGAGCGAUCAGGAGAUGCAAAGCUGAUCGAGUUCAACUUCUUCCCAAAUCUAGGCUCGCGCAAUGGUGCCCUCAACUCCUUGGUCAAGCAGCCUAUGCUGUCGCAGACCCUGCCGUCCUACGUUCCUGCGGUUCCUGCGGCCUGUAAACUCACUGAGAGGGUAAAGGAGGUCAACUGCUGCGUUCUGGUACACACUCACUCUAUCAACUGUGAGGUUUUCGGAUGCUGGGAUAAUCCCUAA